UCGUAUUUCGGCUGAGUUUAUUUGUUUUCGAUAGUAAAUUUUGUAAACUAGCCAUAAUGUGUCCUUGUUGAAAAUCAAUCAAAUUGGCAUUUUAUUUUAGUCCAUUUUAGAUCUGUCUAAAAUAAAUUGUAAAGAUAAAAUACGAAAAUGUCAGAAAAACCCAUAGCUGCAAGUGGCAGCAACCAGCCAAUUGUUAAAAUUGGUCACUACACUCUUGGAGCUACUUUGGGUGUGGGCACUUUUGGCAAGGUGAAGAUAGGGGAGCACCAAUUGACAAAACAUAAAGUGGCUGUGAAGAUAUUAAACAGACAGAAGAUAAAAUCUCUUGAUGUUGUGGGAAAGAUCAGACGCGAGAUUCAAAAUUUAAAGCUUUUUAGGCAUCCUCACAUAAUCAAACUUUAUCAGGUUAUCUCCACACCAACCGAUAUAUUCAUGAUUAUGGAAUAUGUAUCAGGUGGUGAACUGUUUGAUUACAUUGUGAAGCGCGGUAAACUCCAGGAACACGAAGCGCGACGAUUCUUUCAGCAAAUAAUAUCUGGCGUCGACUACUGUCACAGGCAUAUGAUUGUUCACAGGGAUCUUAAACCGGAAAACCUUUUACUUGAUCACAAUAUGCAUGUGAAGAUAGCUGACUUUGGUCUGUCUAACAUGAUGAUGGAUGGAGAGUUUUUGAGGACUUCUUGCGGGUCACCAAAUUAUGCUGCACCAGAGGUAAUCUCAGGAAAACUUUAUGCAGGACCUGAAGUGGAUGUAUGGUCCUGUGGUGUCAUAUUGUAUGCAUUACUCUGUGGAACUCUUCCGUUUGAUGAUGAGCAUGUACCAACUCUGUUUAGGAAAAUCAAGUCUGGAAUAUUCCCAAUACCAGAGUACUUAAAUAAGAGUGUGGUCAACCUAUUAUGUAUGAUGCUGCAAGUAGAUCCAAUGAAGAGAGCCACUAUUGAGGAUGUGAAGAAACAUGAGUGGUUUCAAAAAGAUCUUCCCGGUUAUCUAUUUCCAUCACCUGUUGAACAGGACAGUAGUGUGAUCGACACUGAAGCAAUAUCAGAAGUUUGUGAGAAAUUUGGUGUGAAGGAGCAUGAGGUGCACAAUGCGCUAUUGAGCGGCGAUCCGCACGAUCAACUCGCUAUAGCGUAUCAUCUGAUCAUAGACAAUAAGAGGAUUGCCGACGAAGCUGCUAAAGCCGAAAUUAAAGAGUUCUAUGUUGCCAGCAGCUCGCCACCAGCGACUAGUGAAAGUUCUCGUCCCCAUCCGGAGAGAAUCGCACCGUUGCGCGACAAGUCGUCACCUGCUGCACAACCCGCAGAGCCGAACAAAGCCCGAGGAACUCCAGUCAAAAGGUCUCUCUCAUUGUUACUUAUGCGAAUGUGAACAGGAUUAUUACCUUUUUAGAAACGAACUCCAUGAUAUUCGUAUAGUCAUCAUAAAUCAGGACGGGUGGCAACCCUGAAUGCGAAACGUGUGCGUCUGAUUUCGCAAAUGCUUCGCAUUCGCAUGCGAUUGCGUCGGUGUACUAACAGUGUUACGGCGCCAUAUUUGCGUGAACUU